GCAGCUCUCAUAGUCCGUUUCCUUACCCGAAGAUUUAUCACGGAAUACGACCAGACUCUAGGUAGGUAUAUCGUUUUUAUCAGGCUGCAUUCGCUUAAGCCAAAACAGGUUAUAGUCUAAUCGAGUGAAAAGGGGAAAAGGCGUGUUUUAUUUGCAAAAGUUGCAGCCAAUUUGUGCGAACCAUAAUCGCAAGGGUUCUUUUGUAAUUGCCACGCCUAAAAAUUUGAUCAUCACCGCAUGCAUGGCUACUUCGAGUGAACAGUACUAUUAAGCAUGCACUUGCACAGGUAUUCAGUUGACAGUUUUGUUAGACUUGGUAUUGUGGUACUUGCGCAGUAGCCACCUAUACAUCCCGCUGAUAACAUAUGAAAUAAUUAUUGAUUAUGAUUUAUACUACAGGCAGCAGUUCUAAGAUAAUCAUUUAGUCAGCAAUAAGAGUAAUUAAAUAACGAAUUCUUUUUUCUCUUAUCUUUCAAUCAGAGUCCACUUGGCGGCAUCAUAUGGAGUUGGAUAAUGAAUACAUCUACGUUGACUUAAUGGAUACAGCAGGAGAGGUGCGUUAACCCGUUCCCAUAACAACUUCAGUUUUUGCUCAUUUCACUGACUGACUUUCGGAGAGGUUUGAACUACAUCUUUACAAAGGCUACCGCGAAUAAACAAGGACUAAAAGGUCUAAAAAGUGCUGAACUUUUUUAGAACUGAUGUCAAGUCUAACUUUGUCACUGACCUUGUAUAGUGCAACAGUAACGAUCUGUCAGAAAUGCCGCGGUUGUUUCUCAUUCUUAAAGUAUUCCAACAACUAAAAUAUUAAAUUUUCAUAAACUGCCAGACUUUUCAUUCGUCAGAGUAAUCUCCUCUGUGAGAAGAACGGUUAUCAAGGAAAAGAAACCAAGAAACCUAAUUCAUACACCCAGCUUGCCCGUAGAUUAGCGUCCGCCUUAUAAACCGGAUCAAAGGAAAACAACUGAUUACGACAAUGGACCAACUGUACAGGUGAUGUUACACGGGACGAUUUGCAACGGCGAUUUUUAGCGCAACACAGCGUUAAAAUGUGGGAACAAUGUUGGAGCAACUGGAAACAACAUUGCAAUAAUGUGGCAACGCUGUGUUGCGUUAAAAAUCGUCUUUGAGAAUCGUCUCGUGUAACAUAACCUUAAGUCACAGAAACAGUGGACUACCAAUCGGAUAAUCGAACCACGCCUUUUUUCAUCCUUGGGUUUAAUUCCUUUUGGUGGAAAAGGGGAAGAAUCGAGUGUGUGUUUUAAUCUUUCCACUCAAUGGUCGAUAAAACAAAUAACAAACACUUGCAGAAAUCAUUUAUCAAGGUGAAAAAACUUACUUUAAGGUGAUGUUACACGAGACGAUCCGCAACGACCAUUUUUAGCGCAACACAGCGUUGCAACAUUGUUGCGACAUUGUUUUGAAUAGUUACAACACUGUUCCAACAUUGCAACGCUGGGUUGCGCUAAAAAUCGUCGUUGCGAAUCGUCCCGUGUAACAUUACUUUAUACAUUUUUAUUCUCCCAUAAUUAUUGUUACAGAACUCAGAAACAAAGUUAAACUGUUGUUUAGCCCGUGGUGAUAUAUUUCUUGUCCUCUACUCCAUCACUGACCGUGCAAGUUUUGAAGAAGCCACGCGGAUAGGAAGACAUAUCAGAGAACGCAAAACAAAUGGAAACUCAGUCAUGCUGAUACUCAUUGCAACAAAAAGAGACUUGGAACAUUUUAGAGAGAUCGAUGAAACGGAGGGAAGUGACUUAUCACAAGAACUAGAAUGUCCAUUUUACGAGAUUUCUGUUUCUUCGUGCGAUGGAUACAAAGAGGUGACAGACAUACUGCAAACUUCGGUCAGACAGUUUCUACGAAAUGAAAAGAACUGCAUAACGGACAAAAGACACCCACCUUCUUCUUUGUCAAAAAUGAAGGAGGGGCUAAUCAAACGGACUGGUUCGUUUCGGAGGAAAUCAGUUACCUUCUGA